CAUAGUCUCCUCUGGACGUUGUACACUGUACGUCAUUGUAAAGGUUCAUCCGACGGGUUAAGGACAGGUGAAUCUGGUUACGCACUUUUAUCGUAUUUGUUUCUGGACGGGGGAAAAUCAGAGCCGAUCUGUGUAAACAUGCCUUUCGCCAAAGAUCUGAUGCACCCCAGCCUCGCAGAGGAGAUGAAGCGCCACAAAAAGAAGAGGCUGGUGCAAAGCCCCAACUCCUACUUUAUGGAUGUCAAAUGCAUAGGCUGCUACAGAAUCACCACCAUCUUCAGCCAUGCCCAUACAGUAGUGGCUUGUCCAGGCUGCUCUGUAAUCCUCUGUAGACCACGAGGGGGUAAAUGCAGACUAACGGCAGGUUGUGCCUUCAGGAGGAAAUUUACCUGAGCUGGAAUUUACCAAAACAUCCACAACAGGCAGCAGAAUGGACCACGGAUAAAUGAGUCCGAGCCACACUCCAUAUUGCAAAUCGGAAGAGAAAUGACCUCAGUUAAUCUGAUUCUUGGAUCUAAUAGUGAAAUAUCAACCCACUUUUUAGGGGCGCAUAAAUAGAAUGUGGUGAAAUCAGAGCCAAUAGUACAAAAAAAAAAAAAAGAAAAAGGCUACCAAUCAAAAACAGGCUUGUAUAUUCCUGCAUGUUCAGAUUGACAUGUAUGAAGAUUAGAUUAGGAUGACGAAGCACUUGAUCUAAAUAUAUAUUUCUCUAGUCAGUCAUUAACUAAUCAGCUUCAAAUAAGUAAAAGUCAAACAAGACAAGUUCUGUAAAACAUUUAUUAGGUUGACAUGGAGGGGGUUGUGAAUGAAAUAUUGCAAAAUGGUCUCAAUCAAAUGUGAAGCGCUCACUGAAGCGCCAACAUGAGCUGUGACCAUGAUGAUCAUCACAAACAAAAAUAAAACAUUU